GGCUCUCUUUGUGUAAUUUGACGUUAUUAGACAUUUUCUAUAAGCGUUUAAUUUCUUUCUUCAUUUAUUACUAUUUUAUUGUUCAAAUAAAGGCAUCCGAGCCGGUCGUUCAUUCAGCACACCUACACUCAAGAAGAGUUGAUUAAACUAAACUUGCGUAAUGUCCGUCAAAUUUCGAGGAAAUUAUUAAUAAAGUAUCGCAAUAAAGAACAAUGUAAAAUCUAAGUUGCUUUUUGGGUGUUUUUAAAGACAGAAGUGAAAUAAUGUUUGAUACAGAAAACAAUUACACCAUGACUAAACGACCUGGGAGAGUGCCUAAACGAAUAGUUUUUAAAAAUGGAUAUAAGAACGUGUUUAAAACUAACGCAAAACAUUAUCAUCGUUGGAAGUAUUUGCAAGGAAUGUUUGCUUCUCUCUUAGAUGCACAAUGGAGGUGGACAAUACAAUUUUUAGUUUUAGAGUUCUUUGGGUCUUGGUUAUUCUUUGCCCUUAUUUGGUGGCUGAUAGCAUUAGUUCAUGGAGAUCUACAAAAGGAUCACUUACCUCCGUACCAAUCCGAAUCAGGUUGGACACCCUGCGUGCUGGAGGUUUACGGGUUUAGCUCAUGCUUUUUAUUUUCAAUGGAGACACAGCAUACCACUGGUUACGGACUGAGAAUGAUUACUGAAGAAUGUCCUGAAGCCAUUUUUAUCUUAUGCGUUCAAUGCAUCGUCGGACUUAUUAUUGAUUCUUUUACCAUAGGUUUGGUGUUCGCCAAAAUGAUUCGAUCGAAAUUAGCAACCCAUACUAUCCAGUUCUCCAGAAAUGCUGUCAUUUCUCGUAGAGAUGGAAAACUAUGUUUCAUGUUCCGAGUGGGAGAUAUUAGAAGAAGUCGGCUGGUAGAAGUUAGUGUUAGAGCUAUUUUAGUUAAGAACGAGCGUACUAGAGAAGGAGAAUUACUUAAUAAUUAUCAAACAGAAUUAUGCCUAAAAACAGAUGAAACCAGGGGCAAUAUAUUAUUUCUGUGGCCACUUACGGUGUAUCACAUAAUUGACGAAAAUUCACCACUAUCUGAUUUUUCAGUUCCCGAAAUAUUAAAGACCCAUAAAAUUGAAAUUAUCGUUUUGUUAACAGGCACAGUAGAAAGCACAGGUGCAUUUACUGAAGCAAGUUCAAGUUAUUUAGCUCAUGAAAUUUUAUGGGAUCAUAAGUUUGAAUCUAUAGUUUCUUUCAAUGGAAGUAUAGAUUGUUACGAGUUAGACUGGAGUAAAUUUGACAACCUGAUUCCAGUAAACCAAUUGGAAGAGUCUACAGAUGAUGGAAUCUCCAAAAACAAAUCUGAUUAUCCAGCACAUCUGAAACAGAAGUUAAUAUUCCUUCCAUCUACCAGAAAUACGUCUGAAAUAUUUUUAAGAAACGAAAUAAGAAUCCAAAAAAAUCAAUCCAUAACUUUUAAUAAAUACAAAAAUAAAUAUUUUAACACUUUUGCAAAUAGAAAACCAUUGCAUGAUAGAUUUUUAUUAAAAGAUGUUCCGAAUCGAUAAUAAAAGAAAUUCAUGAACUUUAAUAAGUGCUUAUAGUUUAAUUUUAUUUUAAAUUGACAUAUGAUUGACAUAAGUGUCCAUAACCUGCCAUAACAUACACAUUGUAUCCUACCGGGAAAAUACCUAUUUCCAUUCAUAUAAAAAAGUAGAUUGAUUAUAGGUAUAGUAUGUUAUAAUAGAAGAAAAUUUGAGACAGCAGUA